GGAUGGUUCUCAUUCUGUGUCUAUGUGAGAGUUCAGCUACCAUCAUCGCCCGGAGCCUAAGCACAGCAACUUUGAAUUUGUUUAACCAUUUAGUUUGAGCAAACUAGAAAGAUUGAGAGAACGCCAUUGAAACAUUCGAUUUUAGUUUUGCUAGUUUUCUGUUCAGGAUCUGUUCUGGGACCCAAGCGGGAACAUCAAGCGGGAGCAACUGUUGGAAAUACCUGGAGAUAGAACCCCAACCUCAUCCACCUUGUAGACCAAUCGAGGCAGAUAAUACGGGGACACUUCAAUCAAAUUAUCUAAAAACAAAAACAAAUUCCUGCCUUUGGUUUCUGGUCCUCGUGGUCCUGGAAAACAAAGCCAUUUGGAUUUCCUUUGGAUCGUUGAUCACAUGAACACGUUGAGGCCUGUGUUGGGGGGCUACAGAGGACUCGUUUGGUGAUUUGCCGCAUGAGGAAUCUGUUCAGUGCUGAUCUGUGCAGACUGAGGGAGCAUGGUGUUAAGUGUCUGGCCUGUGUGGAUCUCUUUUUUCAACUGUAGAAACACGACUACGUUAAAUCACUGUUAUAAUGCAGAGGAGUGAAGUCUUGGCCUUGGUUAUAGUAUUUGCUUCGGGAGUCUGGUGUAUACCUGUGGAGGACACCCAGGGAUGUGUCAUCAGCCACGCCAAUGCCAUCUCCAAUGUGGAUUCCGCCGUCAUUAGGUUUACCACGACUGGCAAAGAGUGCAACUUUACUGUGACAGACAUCGGCUCGGACAGUGACCAACAGACAACAGAUUGCCAUCAGAGUCAGGGAUCUGAAGAUGGAUAUGAAUGUGAGCUUCAGAGUUUAGAGCCUGCCACCACCUACCAGCUGAGGAUAAAGUCCAUUACAAAUGGAGUUCAGGAAAACUUGUCGAUUUCCACAGGUCCCUCUGCCAUUGAGGGCCUACAGGCGUCUGGGUCAUCUGAAAGCCUGGAUGUUUCCUGGAAGCGUGGUCCAGGCAGGGCUGAUGGAAUGCGGGUGCUUCUAAUCGAUAGCCUGUCUCAAAGCACCACCGUAAAUGAAACCCUGGAAACAACUGUGACAUCCCACAGCUUCAAGGGAUUGAUACCUGGCCACCAUUAUAAUGUCAGUGUGGCGAUGGUGGCAGGGAACCAGACAACACUUGCGUCUAUAUCAACACAGACAGCGCCUGCUGUAGUGACCAGCCUGCAGCUAGACAGCGCUGGCAGUGAGGACAGUCUAACUGCAUCAUGGCGCCAUCCAGCAGGGGAGGUGGAGGGCUACACGCUUACCCUGUCUGCCUCAAACAGAGACGGAGGGAAAGAUGACGAUAUAGUACUAGAUGGAGAGUCCCCUUUGGCCCCACAGGAGUUGAGGCUACCUCCCAACGCCACGGAGGCCAUGUUCCAGAACCUUCUUCCAGGACAGGCCUACAGCCUGAAGGUGGCCACCGUCAGUGGCAAACUCUCCAGCCACACCAGCGUCCUUGGCCAAACAGCCCCGGCUGCUGUGUCGGAGCUGUCCAUUGGCAGCAUGGCGGACUGCAGCGGCCUCAGGCUGACUUGGGCUCCCCCUAGUGGAGUGUUUGAGCGCUACCGUGUGCUGAUGCUGAAGGGCUCGGAGGUAAUGUUGAACAGGACGGUGGAGAGGACGGCCACGGAGCUCAGGCUGAGCGAGCUGGGGGUGAGCCCCGGGGAUGCGGACAGGGCAGCGGUUAUUGUGGAGAGCGGGGCACUGGCGACGGCCAAGUACUGCGAUGCUGGAGCAGUCCCUGCUCCCGUGUCUGACCUGCAUAUCCGCCAUGCUGAUGAGUCAUCACUAAGCGCCAUGUGGAGCCAUGACCCCGCCUCUGGCUCUAGCCCCGCCCCUCGCAGCGGGUACAGGGUGGAGCUUCUCCAUGGCAACAGCACGCAGGAGAGGAGGCUGGAUGCGGAAAUGAGGGAGUGCACCUUUAACGUGCUGACGGCUGGCCGUGCCUAUCAGAUCAAUGUAGUGACGGAGAAUGGUGGAUUCUGUAGUUCGGCGACCAUAACUGGCAGGACAACACCUCGGGAGGUGCAGGGCCUGAGCCUGAGUAACCGUGGCAACACAGAUGCUCUGCUGGCCACCUGGACCGCUGCCCUGGACGAUCUGGACUCCUACCGCCUCCUGCUCUCCCACGGCAACCAGCUGGUGCUCAACCAGACUGUGCCCACUACCUCUAAUGCCACCUCCACCUCCACCUCCACCUCCAUGUCCCUCUGGCUACGGGGCCUCACCCCUGGAGCCUCCUACACACUACAGCUGCUGACGAUGAGCGGAGGGCUGGCCUCCAAACCUGUCCUGGCAAAGGGAAGCACAGUUCCCGCGGCCAUCGGGGAGGUGACGGUCAGCAAUAACGGCCGGCCUGACUUCCUCAGUGUGUCAUGGAAACCGGCGCUGGGAGAGGUGGACAGCUACCAGGUCCGACUCAAGGACCGAGACACCGCCGUGCACACCAUGUCCCUGUCACGGAAUGGCAGCCACGAGUGCGUGUUCAACUCCCUGGUGUCGGGACGCCUGUACACCAUAUCCAUCUCCACACGAAGUGGACCCUUUGACAACACCACCAUAGUGCAGGAGAGGACACAACCUUCGAGUGUCCAGAAGCCAACAGUGGCCCACUCUGCUCGCGACAACUUCCUGAGAGUCUACUGGUCACAUGAUGCAGUAGGAGACUUCGACCGAUACCAGGUGGUCAUCAAACACAAUGACACAGUACAACUGGAGAAGAACCUGACCCGCCUCCAGAAGGAGUGUGUCUUCGACUCGUUGGUGUCGGGACGCGCGUACACCGUCACCGUGUCCACGUGGAGCGGGAGCUACCAGACUAGCGUGUCAACCGAGGGAAGGACGUUGCCUGCGGCGGUGCAGUCCUUAGCACUGGCUGGCAGCAGCACGGAGGAGCUGUGGGUCACCUGGUCCCCUGCGCCAGGUGACGUGGACCACUACGAGGUGCAGCUGCUCUUCAACGACACGCAGGUGUUCCCUCCGGACCGCCUGGGUAGUGAUGCCCGUGAGCACCGCUUCUCCAUGCUCACCCCCGGACGCCUGUACAAGAUCAUGGUGUCCACGUUCAGCGGCGAUAUGCAGAGGCCACAGAGGAUACAGGGACGCACAGUGCCCAGCCAGGUGAGGAGUCUUCAGGUGACGCCAGGUGGGCAGGUGGGCUCCCUCCGGGCCGCCUGGGCCCCAGGUGAGGGCGAGGUGGACGCCUAUGUCAUCACGCUGACCCUGGGCGGGCAGGAGGCCGCUCGCCGGGAGCUGCCCAAGCAGGUGACCCAGACCGAGUUCCAGAACCUCCUCCCCCCGGGCCAGCUGUACAACGUCACCGUGCAGUCUGUCAGUGGGGCACUAACGAACAACAGGACUGGCAGCGGAAGAACUGUUCCGUCUGCGGUGACUGCCCUGCAGGCCGACACGGAGCACACCACCCACAGCCUCACGGUGACGUGGGAGCACCCCACUGGCAUCUACGACGCCCUGGAGCUCCAGCUGCAGGAUAAGAACGGGGUGGCGGUGGCCAACGCAACGCUGCCCACUGCCACCUCGCGCUACCUGGUGGCAGGGCUGAUGCCCGGCCGGGUGUACCGCGUCCAUCUGCGGACCAGCAGCGGGGGCGUGCACGGACCGGACGCUACUGCCGAGGGACAGACACGUCCAGCAGCUGUGCAUGGUUUGGCUGUGAGCACCAACACUACUCGGGAGCUGAGUUUCCGCUGGAGUGGCUCUGAGGGCCAUGUGGACGGCUAUGACCUGUACCUCUACAGGCAGGACGACACCCUGCAGGACCACAGCAAGGUGGGGCCAGCAUCCCGUAGGUGCACCUUCAGGGGUCUGCAGCCUGGAACCCUCUACAAGAUCGUGGUGCUCAGCCGCAGUGGAGCCAUGACCAAUGACUCCUCCAUCUGGGCACGCACCGUUCCAUCUCCAGUGGUGGGUCUGCAGGCCAGGCACCAGGAGCAGACAGACACCCUGCACGUGACUUGGCGUCUGGGGCCUGGGGAGCUAAGCGAGCUCCUGGUCUCGCUAUAUGGGCCUGGUGGCAUCCAGCAGGCACAGCAGCGUCUGAGCAGGGAGCAGACGGAGCACGUCUUCCAAGGCCUGGUGCCGGGACGCCUCUACAGCGCCGUGGUUACUUCGCACAGUGGGGAGCUCAGCAAUACGGCAACGGUUGCCGGGCGAACAGUUCCACUGCCUCCGUCAUCGCUCCGCUCGAGAACCACAGAUCACAUCAACGCCACAGUGGAGAUGACCUGGUCACCCCCGGCAACGGGCGAUUUUGACGACUUUCAGCUGCAGUGGCAGCCUCGCGACCGGCUGUCGGUGAAGACGGUGGGCGCCACCCAGCGCGCCCUGACGGGACUCUACCCCGGCCGCCUCUACAACUUCACACUGAGGGCCGUCAGCGGAGGCGUCGCGAGUGGACCCACAACCUACAGCACCAUUGUUCACGGCCUUGUCAGGACUGCUCCAACCAGCGUCCAGCACAUGCACUGUCGGCCCCAGAGCUCCACGGCCGUCUCCUGCUCCUGGACGCCCCCAGAGGCUGACCACGACAGCUACGAGGUGGACUGUCGCCGCGACGACGACAGUGGCGAGCGCGUGUACUCGAUGGUGGUGGACCGCGAUGCCAUGCAGCACCAGAUCGAGAAGCUGGACCCUCAUCGCCUCUAUGCCAUCUCUGUGCGCGCCAGGUCUGGAGGCCUGAGCAGUCCUCCGGCCACCGGAGGCGCUGUGACCAUGAUCGAUCGUCCCCCGGAGCCUCUUGACAGUGUGCGGGUGAAUGAGCGAGCGGCGCGGGUCACCCAGUCCUCCAUCUUCUUCAAGUUCAACUGCAGCUGGUUCAGCGACGCCAACGGGGCCGUUCGCCUCUUCUCCAUCAUUGUCGCAGAGUCCAAUGACCAUGAGCUGGUCCAGCCUGAGAGGAGGCACCCGCUGCCCUCCUACCUGGACUACAAGAUGAACAGCUCGGUGCGCGCCUACCAGACCAACUACUUCUCCAGCCACUGCACCGACAACCCGGACACCAGCAGCAAGGUGUUUGAGAUUAACCUGGGUGCCGGCAUGGACACGCUGGGGGGGCCCUGUGAGCAGGAGUCAGACAAGAGGCAUUACCUCAACACCUACUGCGAUGGGCCUCUCAAGUCCAAGACUGCAUACAGGCUGAGCAUCAGGGCUUUUACCCAGCUGUUUGAGGACAACCAGAAGGCGCCUCUCUUCACAGACACAUACCUCUCACUGCCCCUUGUCACUCAGCCAGAGCCGUUGGGAGGGAUCAUCGAGGGUCUGAGCGCUGGGAUGUUCCUGACGGGCAUGAUGAUCGCCGUCAUCGCUCUGCUGAUCUACCGCCAGCGAGUCCGCAAAGUGGCUGUUCAGGAGGGGCCGGUGAUGAGAGUGAGCAUGUGGAAGGAGGUGCCCACCUCAGGCCUCUACAUGGACGUACGCAGCAAUCGCCGUGUGACCAGCCCUGUGAAAGCCUCACACUUUGAGACACAUCUCUCGAAGCUGCUGGCAGACUCCAAUUAUCUGCUGUCUGAAGAGUUUGAGGACCUGAAAGAUGUGGGGCGCAACCAGCCCAUGGAUGCAGCGCGCCUACCGGAGAACCGCGGCAAGAAUCGAUACAACAAUAUACUGCCCUACGAUGCCACCCGGGUGAAGCUGUCUCACUUAGAGGAUGACCCCUGCUCCGACUUCAUCAAUGCCAGCUACAUACCUGGAAACAACUUCCGUCGUGAGUACAUGGCGACUCAGGGCCCGCUGCCUGGUACCAAGGAGGACUUCUGGCGGAUGGUGUGGGAGCAGAACGUGCACAACAUCGUCAUGGUUACCCAGUGCGUGGAGAAGGGACGGGUGAAGUGUGAUCACUACUGGCCGGAGAGCAGGGACCCUCUGUACUAUGGGGACCUGGUGGUGCAGAUGGCUACAGAGUCAGUGCUGCCCGAGUGGACCAUCCGGGAGUUCAAGAUCUGUUACGAGGGUCAGCUGGCAUACCCGCGUGUGGUCCGACAGUUCCACUAUACCGUGUGGCCCGACCAUGGAGUACCUGAGACAACCCAGUCUCUCAUCCAAUACGUCCGCACCGUUCGAGACUACAUUGACCGCGUACCCACCUCUGGACCUACAGUGGUGCACUGCAGUGCUGGAGUGGGUCGGACCGGUACCUUCAUCGCUCUGGAUCGGGCUCUGCAGCAGCUGGACAACAGGGGGACGGUGGACAUCUAUGGCUGCGUGUUCGACCUGCGCCUGCACCGCUCUCACAUGGUGCAGACAGAGUGUCAGUAUGCAUUCCUGCACCAGUGUGUGCGUGAUGUGCUGAGAGCCAGGAAGCUUCGAUGUGAACAGGAAAACCCGCUCUAUCCCAUCUACGAGAACUUCAACCCUGAAUACUACAGAGACAUAAUAUACACUGGGCACUAAAAGGGUGCAACGCUCUCAAACCUCUUGCUGGAUUUUGUUUUGUUUUACUUUUAUUUGAUUUUACUUUUUGUCCGUUACAUGUAUAUCCAUGGCUGGAGUACUACAGGGAAAUUGUCUUUAUUUUUGUAAGCUCUAAGAUCGUCAUUGGUUCUCAACAAACAAAGGAAGUUUUGUUUUUCUUGAAAGAUCUAUAUUUAAAUGUCACCAAACUUUGUAUAUAUUAAGUAUUUAUAUUUGCUUCUGUAUCAAUGCCUUCACUUUUUGCUGGCCCUUGCUGACACUUUGCACCUGAUUGAAAAUUGGAGUUCCCCAAGUAAUGAUUACUGUAUUUCCAAAUACCAUUCCAAUGCUAUUAACCUCAACUAACAUCAACAACAAAAAAACAACCAUUGCAUGAAACGGGGAUUGAAAAGUUUUACCAUUUUGUUUUGACGAAUGCGCGCAUUGUGCACCAAUCAAUGUGACUCAGGCCUAACACAGCGAAUAUCAUACUUGUAGUAUUAGAGAGUCAUUGGGUUCCAUUGGAGAGUGGUUGAUUGCGGUUGUUGUAAUCUUAGCUGCUGGAGAGAGCUAUUUAGUUAGUGGAGAGUAGCACAGCACUACAGCACACUUUCUCCAAGUAUGGCCCAUUGUUUUUUAAACCAUACCCAGGCAUCACAAACCCCUGUGUGUGUGUGUGUGUGUGUGUGUGUGUGUGUGUGUGUGUGUGUGUGUGUGUGUGUGUGUGUGUGUGUGUGUGUGUGUGUGUGUGUGUGUGUGUGUGUGUGUGUGUGUGUGUGUGUGUGUGUGUGUGUGUGUGUGUGUUUGGGGGCCUGUGUGAGAGAGAGACACAGAGAGAAUGUGUGUGUGUGUGUGUGUGUGUGUGUGUGUGUGUGUAUGUGUGUGCGUGCGUGCGUGCGUGCAUGCGUGCGUGCGUGCGUGCGUGCGUGCGUGCGUGCGUGUGUGUGUGCGUGUGUCUGUUCGUGUGUGUGUGUGUGCUAGUGUGAUUGCUACCUCUUUCAAAAGCUCCUUCAGAAAGGCUUGUAGGAAUACCAAUUCCACCAAAACACAAUACGGCUCCCCUGAGAGAGCCAUUGAAGAGAAAUAAAAACAAAACAGCAACACCAAGAAAAACAACAGAAGAAAAAUAAACCCACUCACAAAGAACACCAAGAAAACAAUCAAAACCAAGGAGCUCAAUCUGAUCCCAGUGUAAUUUCAACCAAAAUGUCAAAUCUCCACAUUGGCAUACCGCAUCGGCUUCCCCCCGACAGAUCAACUGUCCUUUUCAUAUCAGCACCGUGGCAUUUCUGACCAUAUCCUCACGACUAAACCCAGAGGAGAUUUUAUUGUCUUGUCUGUCAUUUUACCCAUCUGUCCGUCUGGCUAUUGUCUGCCUGCAGGGAAGCUGACGGGGGUGGGGGUGUCGUCAUUUGCCCCGGGUCCAGGGAGGUGGUGGUGGUGGUGGUGGUGGUGGUGGUGGGUGGUUAUUUUUCCCAAAUGAAAUCCCCAUUACACUAUAUGUACUGAGGGUGGGGGCUUUCGGAAGAUUUUGUCCCCGGCCAAAGCUGUCAACGCCUCUGUCUGUGUGCUUGUCUUUGUUGCUCGUUGGCUUGGCUGUCAAUUUUAUCUAUCUGGAAAGCCUGUGGUGGUGUCACAUUAUGACAUGAUGGACCAAACCCUACACACACACACACACACACACACACACACACACACACACACACACACACACACACACACACACACACACACACACACACACACACACACACACACACACACACAACCAGAAUGUGAUGCUUACCUCAACAAACAAACAAACAAACAAACAUACAAACAAACAAACAAACAAGCCCACUGAUAGACCCAGAGGUCCUCUAUCACUUAUGAACACUCACACUCACUUCCUCCCCUAUCCUCUGUGGUGAUGCACAGCGAAUGUUGUUGGGUUUAUUUAACACUUGGUGCGUUGCCUGUAACACUCACAGUGUUAAAUUAACCCUGAGGAAUUACUGUGUGUGUUUGCACUGAGUGUUGUUUGGACUGUCUUGUUUGUUUGGGCUCUCCGCUUGCUUGCGUGUUGUUUGUUUGUUUGUAUGCCUGUUUACUCCAUCAAAGCCCACUGAUCUCCCACCUGAGUCUGGACUGUGAAGUCCUGUUAUCCAUUGUUAUGCAGUCAGGCCUGUCACAACCAGGCAAGCAAACUAGACAUUUGCCUAGGGCCCCCUGCUGAAAGAGCCCCUCUCUGGCCGUGACUGAUAUGUAUUCUAAUAAAUUCAUUAACCUAAAAGUGCAAUGAUACAGCUAUCAAAAUAUCUCUUGAGGAGGGGACCCUCCCAAAUAGUUUGAAGAGAAUAGAAGGGGCCCAAGUCCCUCUUUGCCUAGGCCCCCCAAUUACCUUGAAACAGUCCUGAUUGCAGCAGAUGCCCACAGUAAAGCAUGGGCCCAUUCAAGCGGGAUCAACAGCCUCUGAACCAUAGCACUCGAUUGAGAUCUUUAUCCUCCCCGAUGCUUUGUGUACCGACAGCCGCGAAGACGGCAAAACUGGGGGAGAGAGAGAGAGAGAGAGAGAGAGAGAGAGAGAGAGAGAGAGAGAUGGCUUCUGUUCACACUUCCCUGCAAUCAGAUAAGGGUAUGUCAGGCCUUAUGACCUUCUGAAUGUAAACAAAUGUAUAGAUAUCAUUAUAUGGUAGAUAUCAUAUAGAUAUCUAUCACAAAUAUAUACCUAAGUAUGCACUUGUCUCAUGGGCACUUAAAACUUCACCAAAGUCGUUUCAGGAUAGCUAUCGGUUAGACGCGUCUGCAAAGCAAAUUGCAAUAGAAAAGCAAGCGUGGCAUGUCUGUUUUUUGUUUUUUUUUAAGAUCGGAAGCGUCCUUGAAAAAUAUGUAGAACUAACACGACUAAUCAUUGUGUUUGAGUUGCAUGUCUCAUUUCAUUGGUUUGACAGAGAUGCCUGUCUUAGAAACACUGGUGUGAGACAGGCUGAUGAUAAAAUUCCAUAAAGGAUUUCCUAUUAUAAAGAAAAAUGAUCAUUAAUGCAUAUAGGCUUACAUCAUUUAUUAUCAAUAUUAAUCAUGAAUCGUAUCCGACCGCCAAUGAAAAGUUACAGACUUUGUUUUCUUCAGUAUUUGGUUUCAAUCACAAUUUCUGGCUACUGUUUUACGUAAUACAAUGCCUCAGCUGAGGAUGGAUAGAGUAAUUUGUUUUUAUUUGGUUCAUGUUUAUUUAUUGAUCCAUUUAUUUUUAUGCCUAUUUGAAUGCACAAACAUUCAUAAAUAAAUUCAUCUUAUGUGUCAGCUAAUCUCUUUUUUUAUUAAUUUCGCUGAAAUACGUUCUCUUUUUCUAGAAGUUUAUAGUACAGAAAUUCUCAGUAGCACUCAUUGAAAGUCCUUACAAUGUGAUGAUGAAACUGUUAUACAGCUAAAUGUUUUAACUGCUUAGUGUUUUUUUAAUGUAAAAAAUAAUACAACAUACACUGGAUUAAACCAUUUGGAUUGUACAUAUUUCAUUUACAAAUGUUUUUUUGUUUUGUUUUAUAUGAACGUAUGCCAAGACAUAUGCUUACAUGUAUAUGACUCAUGUAUUAUGUAUGUGUAUGUUAAUGCUUAUGAUGUAGAGUUAUGUGAUUAUACAAUAUCCAGACCACCUAGUAGACACAAUGGAAAUACUCAAACAAGUAACCCAACAUGUAUUUUUAUACCCCAGACAUAUGAUGCAUAUGUAAUUAUACAGAAAAAAAUACUUUUAUAUCACAAUACUCUCUCUGUAUGUCUUUUGUUCUACAGUAAUGUUGUUUUUAUAUUUGUUGUGUCAGUUUUGAUAUCCACUGCAAUGCGUUGAAAUGAUGUAAAAUUUGAUUGAUGCUGUUGCCGUUGGAUUAUGCAGAAUAGUAAAUGAAUAGUGUUUUGUGUGUGUGUGUGUGUGUGUGUGUGUGUGUGUGUGUGCGUGCGUGCGUGCGUGCGUGCGUGCGUGCGUGCGUGCGUACUCAUAUCCUCCCCCUUCCUCUGCCCUUACUCGAGCCAUGACCAAAUGCCAUUUAUAUCCGCUUAUGUUGUGCAUUUCGUACAUAAAUAUUAGACAUUCAUGGCAAAUGCAAGCCUCCUAAUGCAUUGCUAGAUAUAAAAGUUAAAAGGAAUGUACAUUUAAUAGACAGGUUAUUCUUUUUAAAAAGAAUCCAGCUCAUUGUACAUUUAAAAUAAAGUCUUUGAUUCCAAGUUUGAAUACUAAAUGAAUAUCAAUAUAUAAUAUCACUCUCCCCGUUGUACUUUUGGCAAUUUCGCAUGUGUUUUGGAAAGAUG